AUGGCUGCUGGCCCAAAUGACGCAGGCCUGUUGGUAGAAGCCAAGGCCCUCGUCAAGACAGAUCCGGCCAAGGCAGAGUCGUUGUACCAGAAAAUCCUAUCGAAGGGCGUGGGAUCUACCGACGCUUCGUUGCGUGAUUACGAAACUGCUCUCGUGGGGCUGGGGGAGCUGUACCGUGACCAGAACAAACCAACGGAGCUGGCAGAGUUACUUAAAACUGGCCGAUCAGCUUUCUCAUCUUUCGCCAAAGCGAAAUCGGCGAAACUAGUCCGACAACUCCUCGACUUUUUCGCAGCUAUUCCCAACACCCUUGACAUUCAGGUACAAGUCAUCAAGUCGUGUAUAGAAUGGGCAGUAUCAGAACGGCGGUCCUUCCUCCGCCAGAAUCUCGAGACACGCCUUGUGACUAUAUAUAUGCAAAAGCAUUCUUACUACGACGCUCUCACCUUAAUCAACUCCCUUCUCCGCGAACUCAAACGGCUCGAUGAUAAACUCGUGCUCGUGGAAGUGCAGCUUCUGGAGUCCCGCGUUUACCACGCCCUGGGCAACCAGCCAAAAGCCCGCGCCGCAUUGACCUCAGCCAGGACAUCAGCAGCAUCGGUCUACACACCACCACUUCUACAAGCAGGUCUAGACAUGCAGAGCGGCAUGCUCCACGCGGAAGAUAGAGACUUCACCACCGCUUUCUCCUAUUUCAUCGAGGCGCUGGAAGGUUACCAUUUGCAAGACGAAACCAGCAAAGCCACGUCGGCUCUCCAAUACAUGCUCCUGUGCAAAAUAAUGCUCAACGCUGUCCACGACGUCAACUCGUUACUCGCCUCCAAACAAGCGAUUCGAUAUGCCGGGACAAACCUUGAAGCCAUGAAGGCCGUCGCACGUGCGCACUCCAACCGCUCUCUGGAAGAGUAUGAGAAAGCGCUCAAUGACUACCGAUUUGAACUAGGCAGCGACGUCUUCAUCCGCAACCACCUCCGCCGCCUUUACGAUGCCAUGUUGGAGCAGAAUCUGAUCAAAGUCAUCGAGCCUUUUAGCCGGGUGGAGAUUGAUCAUAUUGCCAAGAUGGUUGGGCUGGAUACGCAGCAGGUGGAGAAGAAGCUUUCGCAGAUGAUCCUGGAUAAGGUGAUUAUCGGCGUGCUGGAUCAGGGUGCUGGGUGUCUGAUUGUUUUCGAUGAGGCGGAGAGGGAUCAGGGGUAUGAUGCUGCGCUGGAGACGUUGGAAAAGCUUGGGGAUGUCGUGGAUGUUUUGUACACUAAUCAGGCAUCGAUGCUUGAGUAG